AUGGAAACUGGAACGCCAAAACUGCCUGAUGUUUCCCCAGAUCAACCCAGGGAUCCAGGAACAACAGUCGGAGAGCCAAAUACAGAACAGCGUCCACCAAUUGCGUUCUAUGCUGCCGUGAGCGUGGAUACAGAAACAAAUCCAGUUGUAUUUGAUAAAGUUUAUCUAAACGAAGGUGGUUGCUAUGACAACACAACCGGUGAAUUCACGUGUAGUGUCAGUGGCGUGUACCACAUCACGUGGUCUGUGGAGACGUUCGGAGAAGAGGAUGUCGGUACUAUAUUGGAUGUCAACGGAAAGGAGUUCGGAUACACUUGGACGGAUUCACAGGAUCAACAGUAUGAUACAAGUACAAGUGUAGCAAUAUUGAGACUCAACGCUGGUGACGUCGUUAAGGUUACACUUCAAUCAGGGUCAAAGGUCGACGCCCGUCAAUCUGUGUUCACGGGUCAUUUCCUCUUUCGAUAG